GGGCAAAGUGUGAAAAUGGGAGAGAGGAUAUGUGUGGGUGGGGCCGCCAUCGGUUUUUCUCUUCCACCGAGUGUGUUUUUUUUUUUUUUUUUUUGCCUGCCGGUGCAAAGACAUUCUUUCUUUAUUGACGACGGUGAUAAAAAAGAGAAACGCAAUUAUCCCCUCGCCAUUGCCGUAAUGCUGUAGCUGCUGCUGCUGCUGCUAUUCUUGUCCUGUCCUAAACUGGGCACGACCACAAAAACUGACCAUCGACGGCACCUCAAUCUCUGGGGAAAUACAUUUUUGGAUUGUGGAUGAGUCCCUUCCCCGUUUUGCUUUCCUGCUAAAUCCCGAACAUUCUUGCGCCAUUUUGUUCGCCUCUCCUGGACCCUCCCUGAGCUGCAUGUGAAAAGAUGCAUCCCAGGUCCUCCCUGGCCGUCUUGCUCUUGCUCCACCUUCUCCUUCAUUGCACUGCCUCUGCUCCUCUCACCACCACCAGCUUCCUCAGCCAAUACUCCCAUUUCGGCUCCUUCUCUCGGUAUCUCUCCGAAACUGGACUCGCCAACUCCCUAUUCGACCGAACAAACCUCACUGUUCUUGCUGUGGACGACGCUGUGAUUUCCCGACUUUCUGGAGAAUCAAGAGACGUGAUUAGGAAAGUGUUGAGCGUGCACCUGGUGGCGGGCUACUAUGAUCUCCAUAAGCUCCGGCAGCUGCCCAACGGCAGAGCCACCUUAUCCACUCUUUUCCAGGAAAAUGGUAAUCCUCAAGGUUCCGUCGAAGUCGCGAUCUUGAGAAAUGGCGGUGUCGCAUUUGGAUCCAAUCGCGAUGUCAAGUUGCUUAACUCCUUUGCUUCUCACCCACAUGGCAUCUCUCUUCUCCAAAUCAGUGAUCUCAUUAUGAAGCCACAGUCAAAGGGCGAUGGGAAAUGUCUUGUCUUCUGUCCUCCUGCAAGAGCCAUCUCCAAGAAGAGCGAGGCUUUGCCUAUAGAUACUGUCUUCAAGCUCCCCUCUCCGUUGCCAACUUGGCCAGCAGGAGGAGGAUUUGCCGGUGGUACAAUUGAUUUUGGUGGACUGCUGGUGCACCAGACGUCAUCUUUCUCCAAAGUUUGGGCAGCUUAUGAGGGCGGAGCAGACAAUCGCGGGGCAACGUUUUUUGAGCCUUCAUCCUUACCAGAAGGAUACUUCAUGUUUGGUUCCUACGCCCAACCCAAUAACAGGCCUCUUUUCGGGUGGCUUCUUGUCGGGAAAGACCAGACAAAUGAUAUCUCCAAUGGGACCUUAAAGAAGCCAGUAGAUUACAGCCUGAUUUGGAGCAGCAACUCGUCGAAGAUAAAGCAAGACGGAAGUGGCUACAUAUGGUCGCCAAUACCACCCGAUGGUUACAAAGCAGUGGGCCACGUAGUUACUACCUCACCUGGAAAGCCUUCCCUUGACAAAAUUCGCUGUGUUCGGUCUGACCUGACCGACCAGUGCGAGACAGAAACUCGGAUUUGGGGAUUCAAUGGAAACCCACUCAGUGUCUACAGCUCAAGAGCCUCCAACAGAGAGGUAGGAGCUCUUGCCGUCAGUGCAGGCACAUUCAUCGCCCAAAAUGGCCAGCCUAGCUCUUCGCCUUUAUCUUGUUUGAGGAAUGCCAAUCACAACAUUUCAGCUAUGCCAAAUCAAAGCCAAAUUGAGGCACUAAUCAAAGCUUACUCUCCCAUCGUUUAUUUCCAUCCUGACGAAGCAUACCUCCCAUCUUCAGUAGACUGGUUUUUCACAAAUGGAGGCCUGCUUUAUACGAAAGGACAAGAAUCAAAUCCUGUUCCUGUUGAAGCUACGGGCUCCAACCUCCUGGGUGGUUCAAAUGAUGGCGCAUACUGGUUGGAUCUUCCUUUGGAUGGGGCGGCCAAAGAUAGGGUUAAAAAGGGAUACCUUCAGAGCGCUCAGGCAUAUGUGCAUGUCAAGCCAAUGCUUGGGGCGACAUUCACAGACAUAGCUAUAUGGCUCUUCUACCCUUUCAAUGGGGCUGCCAAAGCAAAAGUGAAGUUCAUCAACCUUUCACUGGGGAGGAUAGGUGAACAUGUGGGUGACUGGGAGCAUGUGACCCUGCGAAUCAGCAAUUUCGAUGGGCAGCUCUGGAAUGUAUACUUUUCGGAGCACGGGGCAGGCAUUUGGAAGGGUGUGUCAGAGCUUGAGUUCCAAAAUGCCAACAAGUUCGUGGUCUAUGCAUCAUUGCAUGGUCAUGCUGCGUUCUUCCAACCAGGGACGUUCUUGCAAGGGAGUGAUGGAGUAGGAAUGAGGAAUGAUGUUAAGAAGAGCAGCAUGUUCCUGGACACUGGCGCUAAUUAUUCAAUUAUUGCAGCUGAUCAUCUGGGACCAUCAGCUGUUCCUGUACUACCGUGGCUGAACUACUGUAGGGAAUGGGGUCCUAGAGCGGAUUAUGACGCAGCGGACGAGAUGCAGAAGGUGGCAAAAGCAUUGCCUGGAAAGCUUAAGACUGCACUUGCGAAUGCCAUCAGUGGCCUCCCUCCCGAGGUUCUCAAGCAGGAAGGGCCUACUGGACCCAAAAUGAAGCCUAACUGGAAUGGGGAUGAAGCUUGAAGGUAGCACCCCAUUCAGUUAAAGGGAACUUGAUUAGGAUAUAGUUGCAUUAGAGAAUUCGUUAAUCGUUCGUCUAAAGUUGUUCGAAUGAUAGUUAUUCCCUUCUGAGUCACAUGUUUCCAAGUAGCUCGUGUAAUUUGUCAUUUGUGAGGAAUCAUGUCAGUGGUAUCUCUGUCGGGUUGCCAACCAUCGGCUGUGUUUGUUUCAUGGUGUAUGAAUGCUAUAAACUUAAAGCAAUUCAAAUGGAAAUCUAUAAGGUGAAAUCCAGAUCGUAGACUAUUUGCAUC